AUGGAUUAUGAGCAAUUUGAUUACUCAUUUGGCUCUCCUUACAUGAACCAACUCCAUGAGUGUUGCUUCGAAAAUGCAUUUCCAUUUCAAACAGAAGAUAUCUUAACACCAAAUAUCAUCCUGGAUGAAAUAUUUGAUCAAGAUUCCAUGGAGGACUUGCUGCUGGAAGAUACUAACAACCAGGACAUUGGUUUCCUGAAUCAUAAUGAUCCACCGGAGACUGAAUUUUGUCAUGGAUUUGCCCCUAGUCCCGAGGAAAAUGUGCAUGAUUCAGUGGAAGAAGGAGAUUCUUAUUUGAAGGAAAUCCAAGCAGAGCUAAUGGAAGAGACUAGUUUAGUUGAUCUCUUGUUAACAGGAGCUGAAGCUGUUGAAGCACACAACUGGGCCCUUGCUUCAGAUAUAAUUGAAAAACUAAAUAAUGCCUCAUCUUUACGAAAUGGUGAUGGUUUGUUGAACAGGUUGGUUUUUUUCUUUACUCAGGGUCUGUAUUAUAAAAGUACAAAUGCCCCAGAGUUGUUGCAGCAUAGUGCUGUUUCUACACACACGAAUGCUUUCUGUGUGUUUCAGGUUCUCCAAGAACUCUCUCCCUAUGUGAAAUUUGCUCAUUUCACAGCAAACCAAGCAAUCUUAGAAGCCACAGAAGGUGUUGAGAAUGUUCACAUCAUUGAUUUUGAUAUCAUGGAGGGGAUUCAGUGGCCACCCUUGAUGGUUGACUUUGCAAUGAGGAAAGGUACUACUUCCCUUAGAAUAACAGCCAUCACAGUGGACCAGAGAGGUACCGCUUCUGCUCAACAAACAGGAAGACGGCUCAAAGAGUUUGCAGCUUCUAUCAACUUUCCAUUCAUGUUUGAUCAGAUAACGAUGGCAAGAGAAGAAGAUUUUCAAGGAAUUGAACUUGGUCAAACACUGAUAGUCAACUGUAUGAUGCACCAGUGGAUGCCUAAUAGAAGCUUCUCAUUGGUCAAAACUUUCUUGGAUGGUGUGACCAAAUUGUCCCCGAGGCUUGUGGUCUUAGUGGAAGAAGAAUUGUUUAAUUUCCCUAGGCUCAAGUCCAUGUCCUUUGUGGAGUUCUUCUGUGAGGCUUUGCAUCACUACACUGCACUUUGUGAUUCACUUUCUAGUAGUCUAUCGGGUAGCCACAAGAUGGGGUUGAGCAUGAUAGAGAAAGAGAUUCUGGGGCUCAGAAUCUUGGACAGUGUGAGGCAGUUUCCUUGUGAGAGAAAGGAGAGAAAGGUGUGGGAGGAAGGGUUUUAUUCCUUGAAAGGGUUCAAACGUGUUCCUAUGAGUACAUGUAAUAUGUCACAAGCCAAGUUCUUGGUAAGCCUCUUUGGUGGAGGGUAUUGGGUCCAAUUCGAGAAGGGUAGGUUGGCCUUGUGUUGGAAAUCAAGGCCUUUGACUGUGGCUUCAAUCUGGUUACCAAUGGCUUAUUCGACUGACAAAGCCAAAUAG